UCUACUGUUCGAUCAGAUUACUCAACGCCCAACCCAACCUUCCCCCCCCCAACAAGAUGAUGAAUCUCCUCUCCCUUUCUCUUCUCAUCUCCUCCCUGGUCGCUGCCUGCUUUCUGUCUCCUCCUUCAAACCCUAAUCCCCCAGUCCAUGAAGGCCGCCCCAUCAUUGUGGUGGAGCAAGUGGGCCCAUUACCACCCCCAUCCUCUUCUCCUCCUCCUCCAGUUUCCGGCAAGCUCUCCGAGAAUUUUGAAGACACCGCCUCCGACAUGAACUUGUCCUCUCCAAUUACAGAAAUCGAAUGCAGAACGGCUCAAUUAGAGGAAUCCAACGCGGAUGCAGUGAAAUCCGCUUCCGCUAAGGUUAACGGCGUCGGCGAAGACGUCGCCGUCAAUACUUCAACGGCGACGAGAAAGCCCUUCAGUCGUGUGGAGGCGACGGCCGCGAAAUUGGAAGAAAAUAUAACGGAUAUUCUGCGGCGAGCGAGGGAUUUAGGACGCGAUUUUAUGAUCCAUGUGGCUACGGGAGCGAGGAGAGCGGCGCGGUCGUCGGCCGCGAUCGCGCAUCUGUUUGGAUUUUCAAUUGCGUUCGGAUCCUGCGUUUGGGUGACAUUCGUGUCGAGCCACGUGUUGGCGUCAGCAUUGCCGCGGCAGCAGUUUGGGAUCGUGCAGAGCAGGAUUUAUCCGGUUUAUUUUGGCGCGGUGUGUGUCAGCGUUUUGGCGGCGGUAGCUGCGUUUUUUAUUGAAAGAGGGUGGAAAAGCACGGCGGAGAAAGUGCAGGGGUAUAAUUUGCUUGGAGUGUUGGGGAUGACGAUGGUCAAUAUGUUUUAUUUGGAACCCAGAGCAACAAAGGUAAUGUUUGAGAGAAUGAAGCUGGAGAAAGAGGAGGGAAGGCGAAGUGAUCUAAGAGCUGACGGUGGUGCAGAGCCGGCUGAGGUGGUGGCAUCGUCGCUGGCGCCGACGUCGUCAAUUGACUUAGAACAGAAGGCAAAGCGGUCUGAAACGACCGCACAAGAGACAUUGCAUAGCAAGAUGCUAAGGGCGAGCAAGACGCUUGGAAGGCUCAAUGCCAUCUCUUCUUUUCUUAAUGUAUUGUCUCUUAUGGCACUUGGCUGGCACCUUGUUUAUUUGGCUCAACGUUUGGGGUCGAGUUGUUCAUUUUCUUAAUUCUUAAUGCGGUAAAUUGGAUAACUUGUAUUGGUGUGAGUAUCACGAUGGUUUGGAUACGGCCACACUAUUGUACAAUUACAGGGCACAUCCCAAUAUUUGUGUGUUCUUGUUAUAUUU